AUGAACUUUACAGCACAACUGUUAGACCUCUGGCUUGAGGCCUCUAACCGCUCCAGAAAGCAGUUCAUCCAAGAAUAUGGCCUUUCGCCUCUGGUGUACAUCCCUAGGCUGCCCUCUGCUUUACAGCCCAUCUUUGGCAUUCUUUAUGUGCUGAUCUUUACCCUGGCUCUGGUUGGCAACUCAACUGUGCUAUUUUUGCUGUGUCGGAGGAAAGCCCUGCAGUCACCCAGCACCUUCUUCAUCUGCUCCUUGGCAUUGAGUGACCUCCUGAUCUCCAUCUUUUGUAUUCCUGCUACUUGUCUCCAGCAUUUCUUCACCAACUGGUUGGCAGGUGAUUUUCUGUGUAAGUUAGUACCAUUUCUACAGGUGACUGCCAUAGCAACCAGCAUUCUCACCAUGACUUGCAUUGCUGUGGAGCGAUUCCAGGGAAUUCUGUAUCCACUGAAGUUGCGGAGUGGUUAUUCCCCUUGUCACGCUAUCAAGAUGCUGGUUGCUGUAUGGUUGAUUGCUCUCGCUGUUGCAGCCCCGAUGUGGUAUGCUCACAAAGUGGAGGUUAAAUAUGAUUUCCUGUUUGAUGUGCACUACACCUGUUGCCAAGAGGUUUGGCCCCACCGGCAGCAACGGCAGGCCUACACCACUUUUCUCUCAGUGCUCGUCUUUCUAGUUCCCAUGGUGACCAUGGGUGUGCUGUAUGGGAAAAUAAUGACGGAACUGUGGGGCAAACACAGGGUUCACGACGUCAUGUUUCAGGCUCUCCCAGGGUCAGAGAUCAACAAGAUCACUCGGAAGAAGAGGCAUGCUGUGAAGAUGAUGGCCACAGUGGUUCUCCUUUUCGCUGUUUGUUGGGCUCCAUUUCAGUUGGUGUCUCUGCUCUCUGACUACGGAAAGCUGAACUUGAACUCGGAUCAAGAGUUUGUGGUUUUCAGUACAGUGCAGAUCCUGGGCUUCAGCAACUCUGUGUGCAACCCCGUAGUGUAUGCAGCCCUCAGCAACAGCUUCAAGAAGGACGUGCUAGGUCUGCUGAGGCGGGGCAGGGGGAAGGGCUGGUGGCCUCUCACCUGUCUGGGAAGCAGGGCCCGGGUGGGCAUCUCCACUGUGGAGUCGCCCCACCACAGGAAGCACACAGAGCACAGUGAGAGGGGGCUGCGCCAGUGGAGCAGAGUGGCCUGGGAGCCGGAGCCUGCGACCUCCCACUCCUUCCCCCAGGUGCACCUCUUCAGGGUGGGCACCAAGAAGACUAGCAGCCCCCUGCUACUAAGUGUCACCGACCCACUCCCCACGAGCACCUCCAGCACCUAAAUGAGAACACACUCUGGCCUCUGAUGAAGUUGUGACAAUUUCAUU